AUGAAUUUAGUAGCAAUAAGUAUAAUGGUUAUAUGUGGUGUGAUGCAUCAAAGCUUGACAUCUCCUUUACAAAAUGGUUGUAAAGAAACACCAUUAGAUGUGAUAGCUGUUUUGGACGGAUCAGAAAGUAUUACGGAUGAGAAAUUCACCCAAGUGAAAAUAGCUCUUGAACAGCUCAUCAGAUCACUUCGAUUACAAUAUCAUGAUUCAAGAUUUGGAGUAGUCCUGUACAGUUCUUCAGUGUCCGCAGUCCUUCCAUUUUCCAACAACGAAAUGGACCUUAUCAAUCGUAUUCGAGCUUUAGAACAACCCAUGGAAGGUACCCAAACUCAUCUCGGUCUUGAGGAAAUGAACAAAAUGUUUAGGAUGGAAGGUCGACCACAUGCCGCUAAAGUUGGUAUUGUGUUUACGGAUGGUAUUUCUAAGAACAAAGUCGCUACAUCAACUGCUGCUAGAGAGUCGAUCCGUACAGAAAUCAACAUGUUUUCUAUCGGAACCAGUAUGGAUAUCAAUAUGGAAGAACUUCAGAUUAUCGCAUCUUCAAAUGACCGAGUUUUGUCUUUGGAAACAAUUUCUGAAAUCUAUAACCAUCUGAAAGGUUUUAUACAAAGUUGUGGAGAUAUUGGUUGCAAGGACUAUAUGGAUGUAGUAACGGUUGUGGAUGGCUCCGACAGCAUCUCACACACAGAAUUUGAGUCAGUCAAAAAUGCAGUUAAGGAGUUCGUCCAAGAACUGAGCUUAGAGAGUCCCCUGUCACGAUUUUCUUUGGUACUGUUCAGUUCUAAUGUUAGCAAUGUCAUUGAUUUUACCCAUAACAAAGCCGAUCUCUUGUCCCAAAUUGACAGUUUAGAACAGCCGAGAGAUGGUACCGAUACCGCCGCAGCUCUUGAAAAAACAAAUGCUUUGAUGAACAUUAGUGGUAGACAGGGUGUUCCAAAAAUAAUAGUCGUUAUAACUGAUGGUUACUCUAAGAACUCAACCCAAACCAUUAUACACGCGGACGAAGCCAAGAAUAUGGGAAUAAACGUCUUCUCCAUUGGUAUUACUGACAAAAAACAGGACACAGAAUUAGUUUCCAUUGCGUCUGACAUUGACAAAUCCUUAGUUUUGGAAGAUUUUAAAGAACUUAGUAAGCUUGUAAUGGAAGAUGUACGAAAAGCUUGCGGAGGUUAG